AUGUCUGUGAGAACUCUCCCCCUGGUUUUCAUUAAUCUUGGUGGAGAGAUGCUUUUCAUACUGGACCAACGCCUGCGAGCUCAGAACACUUCAGAGGACAAUUCAGAGAAAGGAGUGUGGUCAGAGAAUGACAGAAAAAGAGUAAUGAAUGAUAUUGUUGGGACCAUGUUUAGUAAACCUUUCAUGGAUGAACUCCUCAAACCUCAACAGCUGUAUUCUCACAGGACCCUGAAAACAGUGCUAACCCGGUUAGCACACGCCUCCAUCAUGAGGCUGAACCCGGCCAGUAUGGACAGGCUUUAUGAGCUGAUGAUCAUGGCUUUCAAGUAUCAAGUCUUCCUUUGUCCACGGCCAAAAGACUUGCUGCUCAUCUCGUACAAUCACAUAGAUACCAUCAGAGAAUUUGUGAAAGAAACUCCUGUCAUCAUGAAUCAAGUGGAUGAAACACAUAGGAAGAUAAUUGAGGUAUACUCGUCAUUGUCAGAAGGUGAAUUCCAGCUUCUCCGACAAACACUGCUCAUAUUUUUUCAAGACAUGCAUGUUCGCGUGUCACUUUUUCUCAAAAUUCAAGUCCAGAAUCCCAACGGGCGUUUUGCCCUGUCGACCUCAGGCCCAGUGCCUCAUGGGAUAGAUGUUCCAGGGCUAAUUAGGACAUUUGACAGAAAGGGGAGAGAAGUGAGACGGAGUGAAUUCCCCACAGGGGGAAGUUACAGCAGCCCCAUCAAACAGGGAUCCUUUGAGCUGCAUGGAGACAGAGUCAUCAGACUGGGCAUGAACAUGUACACUGUGAACCAUCCAGAGGAAACACACACAUCCAAGACUCCCUCUGUGAAGCCUAGUUGGAAUCGGAAAGACAACACUCCCAACCUGCUGGCCAAAGAGGAGCUGAACCUGCUGGCCCGUCUGAUGGGUAGCAUGAAGGCUGAGAGCAUGCCCAGUGCUGAAGCCGGUUUUCGCAUCAACCUGUUUACUACAGACCAGGAGGAGGAUGAGGCCAAAGGAGACGACCUGCUGGCCAUGAUGGAUGACCUCUGA